ACUCUGAGCUGCUGUCAGUGCUGCAGAUGGUGAGCGGAUCAGGGGAGUCCGCGAAACAGCACCUCUUGAGAAGCAAUUCAAAAGUUUUCAUAUUUUUUCGCGUUAAAGCGAACUCAUUUUAACCGAGGAGAACAAUUUUGUUUUUUUGCCAAGCGCCCAUGUUUUGCCGGGUACAUUUGAAACUCUGCAUUACAGAUUGUUUUGUCUACCAGUUCUCUUUUAGGCUUUCUUAGUUUGCUGCGGAGGCAGCCAAAACUUGGUUGGCACAUCAGGACCGCGGAACAUCGGGACCAAAUUCUGGACAUUUGGAUUUACAUUUGAGUGGCAAAAAUGCAUUGGAUUCCCAUUUUGGAUAUCGUGGCAUUUUUCCUUAUGGUGUUCCACAGUCAGUUGGGGCUUGCGCAUGCUUUUGGGGACGACGAAGAAAUGACCUGCGACCCCAUCAGGAUAUCCAUGUGUCAGGAUUUAGGAUACAAUGUCACAAAGAUGCCCAAUCUGGUCGGGAACGUGCUACAGUCCGACGCAGAGCUACAACUGACAACUUUUACACCGCUGAUCCAGUAUGGGUGUUCCAGCCAGCUAAAGUUCUUCCUGUGCUCUGUGUAUGUCCCCAUGUGCACAGACAAAGUCCCCAUUCCCAUUGGCCCCUGUGGAAGCAUGUGCCUGUCCGUCAAGCGGAAGUGCCUGCCGGUCUUGACUGAGUUUGGCUUCGUGUGGCCCGAGGUGCUCAACUGCAGCCUCUUCCCGCCUCAGAACGACCAGAACCACAUGUGCAUGGAGGGGCCGGGGGACGACGACGCCCCCUACCACACCAUCCGCACACUGCAGCCCAUGGAGGAGGAGUGCCACACGCUGGGCGCCGGGCCGGACCAGUAUGCCUGGGUCAAGCGCAGCCUCAACUGUGUCCUGCAGUGCGGCUACGAUGCCGGCCUGUACCGCCGGCAGGCCAAGGUCUUCACCGACAUCUGGAUGGCGGCCUGGGCCGUCCUGUGCUUCGUGUCCACCACCUUCACCGUGCUGACCUUCCUCAUCGACUCCUCCCGCUUCUCCUACCCCGAGCGGCCCAUCAUCUUCCUCAGCAUGUGCUACAACAUCUACAGCAUCGCCUUCAUCGUGCGCCUGACGGUGGGGCGCGAGCGCAUCUCCUGCGACCUGGAGGAGGCCGCCGUGCCGGUGCUGAUCCAGGAGGGGCUGAAGAACACGGGCUGCGCCAUCGUCUUCCUCCUCAUGUACUUCUUCGGCAUGGCCAGCUCCAUCUGGUGGGUGAUCCUCACGCUCACCUGGUUCCUGGCGGCAGGGCUCAAGUGGGGCCACGAGGCCAUCGAGAUGCACAGCUCCUACUUCCACAUCGCCGCCUGGGCCAUCCCGGCCGUCAAGACCAUCGUCAUCCUCAUCAUGCGGCUGGUGGACGCCGACGAUCUGACGGGGCUCUGCUACGUGGGCAACCAGCACAUCGACGCGCUGACGGGCUUCGUGGUGGCGCCGCUCUUCACCUACUUGGUGAUCGGGACCCUGUUCAUCGCCGCCGGUCUGGUGGCGCUCUUCAAGAUCCGCUCCAACCUGCAGAAGGACGGAACCAAGACGGACAAGCUGGAGCGGCUGAUGGUGAAGAUCGGCGUCUUCUCCGUGCUCUACACCGUGCCGGCCACCUGCGUCAUCGCCUGCUACUUCUACCAGAUCUCCAACUGGGGCGACUUCAAGCAGUCGGCCCGGGACUCGUACCUGGCCGUGGAGAUGCUGAAGAUCUUCAUGUCGCUCCUGGUGGGCAUCACCUCGGGCAUGUGGAUCUGGUCGGCCAAGACGCUGCACACGUGGCAGAAGUGCUCCAACCGGCUGGUCAGCUCCAGCAGGACAAAGAGGGAGAAAAGGACGGACAGCUGGAUUAAGCCGGUAAAGGGAAACGAGACGGUGGUUUGAGGUGCGACAGGGACAAGCUGAGGAGUUUGGAGUUUGGGGCCGGGGGUGGGAGGAGUCUUCUCGGCUCUGUGGGCGUGGUGGAGCGGAGCACCUUUCUGAGAAACAUUUCACCCCUUCCUGAGGUGACGUGAGGAUGGGUAGUCCAGGCAGCGGGCUGAGCCUCGGGGCUUGAUGGAGACCAGGCCUUAGAGGAAGUAGGUUAGAGACUCUGGCCUGGGGGGAUGCCAUGGCCAUAUCGUGUGUGGGGGUGGGGGGGUGGACUGUGGUUACUGACAGUGCCUUACCGAGAAGUGGACAUUGAGGACAUUGAGUGCCUCCGGCCCCCUGCGAACCCCUCCGGAGUUUGGUCUGUGGCUGAUCUGGAGCCACUGGCAUACGGGUGAGCAUGGCGCAGUGAGGCCAGUCCCUCAGCGGCCACCGCCGGUGGAACUUCACUUAUGUAGCAGUCUCCCUAUACCAUUCUUAUGCAUUUCUGAAGUGUCUGUUUUCUGAGUAACCUUACACUGGACAGUGGUAGUGCGGAUGUCAUACCGGUGGACGCGUGGCGCGCAGCCGCGCUGGAAAGAAUGCACUAUGGAGAGAUUAUAUGCGUGCGCUCGUGUUGUGCCUUUGGGCGGGGGAAGGUCUGGGUCAAUGAGAGAUUGGUGCUGCUUAUUAAACUGUGGUAUUUCUGAGCUGUGCUGCAGCUUUGUGCGAGACCUCUCAGAGGAGCUUGGGAAACCUCGCCUAGCUUUGGUUUCCACUCCUCAAUAUGUAGAACGGGUUGCCGGUCAUUAAAAUGAGAACAUUUGUGGUUGUGAGCGGAGGGUUUUGUGCCUGUUUCUGUAGUGGUUUUGGGAAAUAUCCACUAGACACUCUUAAGCUUUGAAGUUAUUACUCAAAUGCCGUGGCCAUAUAUGAAGUGUUUUUUUAGAAAUAAAAUGCAUUUUUAUCCAAAUUUUUUUAUUUAGAAAUUGUAGUUUUAUUUAGAAAAGCGAGUCUUAUAUUAUAAGGCACAGUCUUUAAAAGAAUAUGACCCUCCCUUCCCUCACACACAUACACGCGCACACACACACACAAACACACACGCACACACAUACACACACACACCAUCACAUGAGCUGAGUUGUGCAUGGUUCUAAACAAACAGUUUGUCAUGAUCCAUCAAAGCUUUCUGAUUUUCCCCAGUGGUAUUUUAAUCACUUAGGAUCCCUGGCUAGAGUACAGACUGUGUAUUGUUUAAUAUGAAAUAAAUAAAGAACAAGCCUUCUCUGUAAAAGAAAACAAUUGACUAAAAUAAAUAAGAAGUAAAUUAGCUCUUUCUAGGGCUCAUUUUGGUGAACCUUUCAGGUCAGGAUGGCAAGGUAUUGUGUUGAUGCCCCUUCUCUCUAUCCUUUGAAUGUAUGACUUUCAGAAAAAUCUAUUUUUUCAUCAACUUUACAGGUGCCACAGAAGAAUAAACUGUAGAUUCUAAAAACUCCUGUCCCAGGACUACACAAAGUACUUUAAAACCUUUUUUGAAAGAACUGGUGUUUUGUUGUAAUGUUAUCAUAAAGUGCUAAUUUAUCUUUGUAAAAAUCCAACUCAAAAAAUAAGUUUGUUAUUUAAGAACGCUUUUGUAUCAGAAGAACAGAAAUUAAACUUUUUGGUGUCCAAA